UUGGCAUGGAGUAUCCCUUUAAGAACGGUUUAUUGUCACGUGAAACUGAAUCAAGAUUUAUAAUACUCUAUUCAAUGUCUCCAUCUAGUGGUUAUACCAAAAGACACUACUGAAAAAAAGACUCUUCGCCCAGAAUCUUACUUUAUACUUUCUAUUUUAUACAGCACGGGUUUGUUUGUUUGGUUUUUUUUUUUUUUUUUUACCUCUGCACUCAAAACCAUUACUUAAUAUUUAUUACGCGACUGAAUUACGACGAACUUUUCAAGCCAUACAAUAGAUCAAAGGUCAAAGUUCCUCAAACGUUUCCUGCCACCUCACUAUGACGGACACGACGAAUUGUUAUCAGAUGACACGACGCAUACUUUUUUAAGCAGAGCGAGUUUUUGAUAAACACCCUUUUGUGGAACGACAACAGCCAAACAAAUCUUCUGUAGUGUCUUAGCGCGUUUUGGUAGAAUAAUGGCAGAGGCUAUACUUGGAGAUCAGGACCAGUACAGCUGCUCAAUAUGUUUGGACUUGUUGCGGGAUCCCGUGACCAUUCCGUGUGGACAUAGUUACUGCAUGAGCUGUAUAGGUGAGUGCUGGAAUACAAAUGAUCUGAACGGGACCUAUAGAUGUCCACAGUGCAGACAGACCUUCAAAUCAAAGCCUCCACUCAACAGAAGUACAGUGCUUGCUGAAAUAAUGGAGAAACUGAGGAGCACAGAGUCUGCUCAAAGUCUUGCUGGGCCUGGAGAGAUUGCGUGUGAUUUCUGUUCUGGAGAAAUGAUCAAAGCUGUCAAGUCUUGUCUGGAGUGUCGAGCCUCUUACUGUCAAACACAUGUACAACCCCACUAUAAUGUUCCUGCCAUGAAGAAACACAAGCUGGUGAAAGCUGCAGUCAUUCCAGUAUGCCCCAAACAUGACAAGGUCCUUGAGGUUUACUGUCGGACGGACCAGAAAUGUGUCUGCAUGCACUGCUUAUUGGAUGACCACAAGGGCCAUGACACAGUGUCAUCUACAAUAGAGCGCAACGAGAAACAGAUAAAACUCACAGACACUCAAACAAAAGUCAAGCAGACAAUCCAAGCAAAAGAAAAAGAGCUGCAGAAGAUGAAUAUGGACAUUGCCUCCCAUUCAGAUUCUGCAAAGAAGGCAGUGGAGAACAGUAAGAAAGUCUUCAGUGAAUUAGUCAAAUUUAUUGAGAAAAAAAGCAAUGAGGUGAUUGAAAAGAUAAAAGUUGAAGAAAAGGCUGAUCUGGAUCAAGGAGCAAAGCUACAAAAGAAGCUGCAGGAGGAUAUUACUGAGCUGAAGAAGAGGGAAGGAGUUCUUGAGGAUCUUCUACAGACAGACAACAACAUCCAGUUUCUUCAGAAUUGUGAGUCUGUGUCAUCUUCAUCCGGAUCUGAUGAGUUGCCGAGUUCCUCAUUUCAGCCGUACUGCUCUUUUGAGGACAUAAGAAAACUUAUAUGUGAGCUAGCUGGGAGACUUGAGACUACUUGCAUGCAGGAAAUAAGCAAAACAAUUACUAAUGUUUCAGAUUUGUCUGCAAAAAGGCCUCAUUUCACAUUUGACAUUGUAGUUGGAGACCAUGUCCGUGUGAAGCCAUCUGUUGUUACUCCAACACACAAAUGGGGAUCAGUUACUCACUUAAGCAUUGGUGUUGUAAAAAAAAUUCAGGGUGAUUUGUUGACUGUAGAUUUCCCCGAACAAAGAAACUGGACUGGUGUAGUUUCAGAAAUGGAGCGUGUGACCAGUGCUGGUUCAGAUUUGCCAUCCAAAAACGAUCCAUUCAACAUCAAGGUUGGAGACAAAGUCAGAGUGAAACCUUCAGUUAUU